AUGCGUGGAUCUCCCCGACAUGGGACAGCCCUGGGAUUUAUAGCACUGCUGCUGCUUGUGGCCACGCAGUUCGCGCACGGAGUCCCGAGCGAGCACCUCCUGGUCCAGCUGCGCGGGGACGACCAGGACCAGGCGCACCAACUUGCGACGCAAUAUGGGUUCCAGAGUGCGCGGAAGCUUCCGUUCGGAGAGGGGCUUUUCCACUUCUAUCCUCAGGACACUUCAAAGAGCAGGAGCAAGCGUGGUGCCCGCAGCCGCCAGAGACUAGAGAAAGACCCCAGGGUGCAGAAUGUGGUGGAGCAGGAUGGCUUCAGUCGGCAGAAGAGAGGUUAUCGGAGUCUGGAUCAUAUUGAAGUCAGCCUCAGUGACCCGCUCUUCUCCAAGCAGUGGUACCUGAUCAACACGGGCCAAGCCGACGGGACCCCUGGACUGGACCUGAACGUGGCCGAGGCCUGGCAACUGGGCUACACCGGCAAAGGAGUGACCAUCGCCAUCAUGGACGACGGAAUCGACUACCUGCACCCGGACCUGGCGUCGAAUUACAACGCCGAUGCCAGCUACGACUUCAGCAGCAAUGACCCGUACCCCUUCCCCCGCUACACAGACGACUGGUUCAACAGUCACGGCACUCGAUGCGCUGGAGAGGUGUCGGCCGCCGCCAACAACAACAUCUGCGGAGUGGGAGUGGCUUACAACUCCAUGGUCGCAGGAAUCCGGAUGCUGGACCAGCCCUUCAUGACCGACAUCAUCGAGGCGUCGUCCAUCAGCCACAUGCCUCAGGUUAUUGACAUCUACAGUGCCAGCUGGGGCCCCACCGAUGACGGCAAGACCGUGGACGGGCCCCGAGAGCUCACGCUGCAGGCCAUGGCCGACGGAGUCAACAAGGGCCGCGGGGGAAAAGGCAGCAUCUACGUGUGGGCUUCCGGAGACGGGGGUAGCUAUGACGACUGUAACUGUGACGGAUACGCCUCCAGCAUGUGGACCAUCUCCAUCAACUCGGCCAUCAACGACGGACGCACGGCUCUGUACGACGAGAGCUGCUCCUCCACCCUCGCCUCCACCUUCAGCAACGGCCGCAAGAGGAACCCUGAGGCUGGCGUGGCCACCACAGACCUGUACGGGAACUGCACCCUGCGUCACUCUGGAACGUCAGCAGCGGCUCCAGAGGCAGCAGGAGUCUUCGCUUUGGCCCUGGAAGCAAACCCUGCGCUGACCUGGAGGGACAUGCAGCAUCUGUCAGUGCUGACGUCCAAGAGGAACCAGCUCCAUGACGAGGUGCACCAGUGGAGGAGGAACGGCGUGGGGCUGGAGUUCAACCACCUGUUUGGUUACGGGGUGCUGGACGCGGGGGGCAUGGUGAAGAUGGCCAAGGAGUGGAAGACGGUCCCAGAGCGCUUCCACUGUGUUGCCGGAACCAUCCAGGAAAACCAUAAGAUCCAGUCUGGGAGCAAGCUGGUGCUGGCCAUCGACACCGAGGCGUGCCAGGGCAAGGACAACUUUGUGCGAUACCUGGAGCAUGUUCAGGCCGUCAUCACGGUCAACGCCAGUCGCCGUGGAGACCUCAAAAUCAACAUGACCUCCCCCAUGGGCACCAAGUCCAUCCUGCUGAGCCGGAGACCCCGAGACGAAGACUCCAAGGUGGGCUUCGACAAGUGGCCCUUCAUGACGUCCCACACCUGGGGGGAGGACCCACGAGGGACCUGGGUGCUGGAGGUGGGCUUCCACGGAGACCAGCCCCAGCGAGGGGUGCUCAAGGAGUGGACGCUGAUGCUGCACGGAACACAAAGUGCCCCUUACAUAGACCAGAAAGUGCGUGAUUAUCAGUCCAAACUCGCCAUGUCCAAAAAGGAGGAGCUGGAGGACGAGCUGGAUGAAGCCGUGGAGAGGAGUCUGAAAAGUUUAAUGAGUAAAAACUAG